AAAAAAAAAAAAAAAAAAAAAGAAACUCAUUCAUUAACGAUUUUCUGGUCCUGUUUUUCUUCUCACCGGUUUCUUUUCGUUCUUCUUUUUUUCUUCUUUUUUUAUUUUACUCUCCUUUCUUUUUAUUAUUCCUCCGUCGGACCAAGAAAAAAAGGUCCUCGCAACUUGGUCAUGGCGCGCAGUAUCGACGAUAAUGGCCAUUUACGCCCGAAAGUUUCAGGACGAGCCAAUUCAGACCUUCGAAUGAAUAGUAUCAGUAGUGCAUCCAGUCAAACCAGUAGCCAAGCCAGUUACAGUGUAAGGUAUCCCAGCGAUAUGACCAGUAUCACGGAUUUUACCAACGAUACACCUUAUACGUCCGGCUUUGAUCAUUACAACGAUACACAAUUCGAUAUUAUUGACACAUUGGAUUAUGAUGACGUGGAUCAUGCACUAAUUGACCAAGAACGUGUGCACCGAAAUCGAGAAUCACUGGUUCAUCAAUUAUUUACAUCCGAGCAAGCUUAUGUGGAAUCGCUCGAUAUUACAGACCGGAUUUUCUUGUCGCCUUUACGCAAAGAUCUGAAGAAAUCAUCCUUUAAUUUUCUUGGGAUGAAAAAAUUAGCAUGUACUGAGAAAGAACUGCGCUGGCUAUUCAUUAAUUUUGACGAGAUUGUACAAAUCCAUCACGAUAUCUUGCGUUCCCUCGAAGAUCGUCUCCGUAUUUGGGGACCCACCCAAAUUAUAUCGGAUGUGUUUCAUACGUGGAUUCCUCGUUUGAAUGCGUAUCAUACCUACCUGGAUCAUUACGACGUUUCGGUAACGACGUAUGAACGAUUGUCACGAUAUCAGCCUUUCAAAAAAUUUGUCGACGCAGCUCACAAAGACAAGGCACUCAGAGGCGCGACUUUACUGUCCUUACUUCAACUUCCGAUCACCUCUAUCAAUCGUUAUGCAGUCUUGAUGAGUAAGCUCGCCGACGCCACUUCCCCCAUGCAUCCAGAUUACAUCGGUUUACAGAAAUGCAAACAGAAAUUUCUCGCUCUCUCGGACGAAAUCAAACCAAAAAUGACCGAUGCAGACAACGUGGAUCAAGUGAUGAUGCUUCAUCAAACGAUUGUUGGGGUGCCGUUUAGUGUGAAAGCUCAGCGACGGCUUGUGUUACAGGGUCAAACGGCCGUGGUUGGACAUCAUUCAAAACCAGGUCCCGAGGAGCGUGCUUAUAUUUUAUUUUCCGACAUUCUGGUGAUUGUGCGGCCCAAGCAGGAAGAAGGGAAACCCGUCUUACACUAUAAAACGCAUAUUUCUCUCGAGCGCGCCCGCAUUCGUAAACUGGCUCCCGAAGAAACCGAUGAUGGUCAACCCCAUUGCAUCGAAAUUACGUCUUCUUUCCAAGGCAUCGACACCCUGAAUUCGACAUUUAUGGGUUCGCCUACCAUUCACAUUCUACCGACGUCGAGUCAACAAGAUCAAGACGAAUGGUUCAAACAGUUAGAAACCGUCAUUGCCAAACUGGACAAAGCAGCCGCUGCCAGUAAAGCCGCUGCAAGUAAACGACUAGCUCAAAGUAGAUCGCCGCCCGAUUCGCUCAGACGUCAAGCAACAACUUCCAACUCGAGUACGCACAGUGGAUCGAGCAGACAGAGUAGCUAAUCGGGAACUGUUCAAUAUUUCCUUUCGAGACGUUACAGCUUACGAAUGCCAAAAUAAAUUUUAAAAGUAAUCAAAUCAACAGUGCGGCAAUUGCACUUGGCAUUUUUCUUUUAAAGAAAGGACAAACGAGUACCUCUAAGCUUGCUAAUCAAUUUUAAUAUGCUGCGCGUAUUUGCAUUUAAU